GCUGGGAUCGAAGCUGACCUGUUUGCUCUUGUCCCCUCUCCAACUCCUAGGACAAUGCUUGACACGUGAAUCUAAGAGGAUGGAGCCAAGUACCUGUAAGACCAGUGAAUCAGAGGAAAACUAUGGUGAAGAAGAGGAAUCCGAGGAGUAUGUCAAAAGGGAAGCUACCAUCCCUUCUAACCCUUCUCAGCAUGCACUCUCAAAGCCUGAUAAUGCAUUUGGGAAUGGAGUUCCUUUAUCCAUUGUAGCCAAGAAAAUACCAAAGAAAAUCAUAACCCCAGCUGACCCAGAUGAAUUAGAAGUUGGGAGGAGAAAGAGAAGGCGGAAACACAGACCCCUGGCCAUCAAUCUGACCAACUGUGAGAGUGUGCGUUGGGCAGCCCAAAUGUGUGGCCUGAAGGAGGUGGGGGAGGACAAAGAGUGGACUGUGUACUGGACAGACUGCUCUGUCUCACUGGAACGAGUCAUGGACAUGAAGAAGUUUCAGAAAAUCAACCACUUCCCUGGCAUGACAGAAAUCUGCCGCAAAGAUCUGCUGGCUCGGAACCUCAACCGCAUGCAGAAACUCUAUCCUACCGAGUGCAACAUCUUCCCGUACACCUGGUGCCUCCCUGCAGACUAUAGGGACUUCCAGUCCUAUGUUUGUCAGCGAAAAACCCGCACUUAUAUCUGUAAGCCAGACAGGGGCAGUCAGGGACGUGGCAUCUUCAUCACCCAAAAUCCACGGGAGAUCAAGCCAGGAGAACAUAUGAUGUGCCAGCAAUACAUCUCCAAGCCCUUCCUCAUUGAUGGCUUCAAGUUUGACAUGCGAAUCUAUGUCCUGAUCACAUCCUGUGACCCUCUUUGGAUCUCCAUGUAUGAGGAGCGCCUGGCCUGCUUUGCCACCAUGCCCUACGUGGAGCCCAGCCACAGCAACCUCCUGACCACAGGGCUACUCUCUUCCCAGGAUGACAUCUGUAUGCACCUGACCAACUAUGCCGUCAACAAACACAAUGAGAAUUUUGUCCGGAUGAUGCUCACUGGGCCUCACAGGAAGCUGCCAACACUCAAUGCCUGGCUGCGAGAACAUAGCUACGACCCCCGAGAGCUGUGGGGAGACACUAAGGACACCAUCCUCAAAGCCAUCAUCUCGGCACAUUCUGUUCUUCGCCGCAGCUACCGAACCUGUUUUCCCCAGUAUCUGAGUGGAGGUACAUGUGCCUGUUUUGAGAUCCUCGGUUUUGACAUCUUGCUGGACCACAAGCAGAAGCCCUGGCUGCUGAAGGUAAACCACUCUCCAAGCUUCACCACCAACUCACACCUUGAUCGAGAAGUGAAGGAUGCACUUCUCUGUGAUGCCAUGACCCUUGUCAACCUCUGGGGCUGUGACAAAAGAAAGGUGAUAGAAGAGGAUAAGCAGCGAGUCAAGGAGAGGCUUUUCCAGUGCCACCAACAGCCGAGAGAAGCCAGGGGCCUCAGGCGAGAACAAACUGAGUCAUCCCACGCAGCAAUGCUGGACCAGGAACGUUCCGAGGAUUCCCACCGCGGGGGAUACCAGCGGAUCUACCCUGGGCCUGACACGGAGAAGUAUGAACCCUUCUUCAAGCACAACGGCUCCCUCUGGGAGACUGCUGCUUCCAAGGCCAGAGAAGAGUGUGCCAGGCAGCAACUAGAAGAGAUCCGCCUUAAGCAGGAACAGCAGGAGACCUCAGACAAUAAGAGGCGAAAGGAAAAUAAGGACCAGAACCAGGGUGAAUCAGCAAGAGAGAAGAGCCAAUCCAGGGCCCGGCUCAGGGGCUUUUCCACCCACUUGGCUUAUAGGAACCGGAACCAAGAGAAAGAGCUGCUACCAGUACACCUGGACACUAUGCAGCCACAAGAAAUUGUGGAAGAGGAGGAGCUGGAGCGGAUGAAGGCCCUGCUACAAAGGGAAAAUCUCAUCAGAAGUCUGGGUAUUGUAGAGCAGCUCACCCGAAUGCUGUACCCCAGCCACCGGGGCCAGAAAAAACUUCAUGAAUAUCGGAUGAGGCCCAAGAAUGUCAACUGGAUGCGAGAUCCAGCAGACAUCAGCCCCUGUUCAUUGUCAAUGAAGACACGUGGAGGCGCUAUCUUUCCAGCGCCAGAAUCAGGCGCCACCCAUGUUUCCACUGCAGAAGGCCAAGCCAGCAGAAGGCUAGAAGCCAUAAACCGAGCCCUGGCAUGAUCAGUGCCACCCUUUUUAACCCCAGGCUAGGGCUAUCUUCUGCAACGGGAAAGAGUGGUAAGUGGCUCAUGGACUGAAUGCACGUUGCCCUCCAUGCUAGACUCUGAACACAGAGCAGCCGAGGCCUGGCAUCUCGCCCUCUGCCCUACCUCUGCACCCCUGCUGCAGCAUACCCCUGCACUCCUCGACAUCAGGCACCAGAGAUAAAUGUAGGAAGGAAGCCCAGCACUCAAGCUGUCCUGGAGAACCCCCUCAGGUUUCCAAAAGGGCAAAGCAUCUUCAAUCUUUGCUAACUCAAAGACUGCCACCAAGCUUCAGUUUGAAAAGCCCUGGCCAGGAACCCUGUUUGCAUAAGGCAAAACACGAAGACACUAAGAAUUCCUCAAUACCCUAAGAUUAUUUUCGGAUGGGUAAAGACUAAAAGAUGAAAAGGAGCCUGGGCCGGCCAUGUGCUCAUCUCCGUCCUUCAAAUCUUAACCUGGAUUUACCGCUAAUGAGUCUGAACCCUGGGUGCGGCGCGGGGCUGGAGGUUAUCCCAGCGACAAGACGUCCCUUUCCCAGAGGAGCCGAGUUCCCACGGCACGGAGCUUUCUCCAUCAGACAACCGCCGAGGGGACGUCCUUCCCGCCGCCGUGGCGGAGACAGGCCGGCCUGGGCAGCCGUUGGGGCAGAGGGGCGGCUCUUGGCAGCUGAACUCGUCUUUUUAUUAAAGUUUAUGCUGUUUUGCAGGAGCGUCCUC